AUGGAGCCACUCUUCACCGGUGUCUCGAAUAAUGCCCACCACCUCUAUACUCUGCUCUCCUGUAUUGGAUUUGUCCCUAGAGCAACAGUUCGGAUUUCCCCUGAGGGCCUUCGAUUCUCCGCUGAAGAAGGCCGCGUCAUCUCUGGACUAGCAUUCCUGGACAAAUCUCUGUUUACCAGCUAUACCUUCAACAAGCCAACCAAUAAUCACAAUCCUACGGAAGAGUCCAAUGGAAAUGAUGAUUCUUUGGAUGAGCAAGCGGAUCCGCAAUUCGUCAUCUCGCUCUCUGCGCUGCUUGAGACAUUGAAAAUCUUCGGCAUCAACGACCUGAAUGAACCCAGUGGAUCCCGAGAAAGCAAUCUCCCCCAAACCAAUCCGGCCUCGAGUGCAUUUAAUGCCCCCGCCUUACUCAUGGACCGCUCCUGUACUAUUCAAUAUUUUCAGCACGGUGCUCCGCUCAGUAUCGCCAUCACAGAAGCUGGUGUAAAGACAACUUGCGAGUUAGUGACCUACGAGCGUGAAGAUGAUGAACAAGACAUACCAUUGCAGCGCGAUGCUAUUAUUAUGAAAUUGAUUAUGGGCUCUGCUUGGCUACAUAAUGCAAUUGGCGAGCUGGAUUCUUCCAAUCCAACCAUUCUCAAGAUGUCAGCUUGCGCCAACCGUGAGCCAUACUUUGCUCUAACUGGCGCCGGUGGUCCUUUCAGUGAAUCAACUGUGGAAUUUUCCAUUGACCAACAUAAUGAAAUUGUUGGUGGUUCCACCCAAGGAGGCCCAUCGCAGAUGCGCAAAGUCCUAACUGAUGAUGGGACAUCACGAGCACGUGCAACAAGAGCGAAACUGGCUCCCACUGUUACAGAAACAUUCCAGAUUUCGCCACCACCGUCUAUGGGCGAGCGCAUCAGACAGAAUUAUAGCUUUGCACUCAUUCGAAAGGCUGCUCGUGCUAUGGCGGUCGCCAAUAAAGUCAGUAUUCGAGGUGAUAGGCAGGGUGCGCUGAGCUUGCAGUUCAUGAUUUACCUGGAUGACCCAAGCCCUUCUGGUAGGUCUAUAGGUGCUGGUGUCAAGGGGCGUGAUGUUCCAAAGCAUUUUGUCGAAUUUCGCUUCGUGCCACUCCUUGAUGACGAGGAUGCUGAGAUAGAUAUAGAGCGAGAUGAUCAAUAG